AUGAGUUCCUAUUUUGUUAACUCAACUUUUCCCGUGUCUCUACCGGGAGGACAGGACUCUCUCCUGGGUCAGAUACCGUUAUAUUCCUCGGGAUACACCGAUCCGUUAAGACACUACUCCAACGCGGCCACAUAUGGAGCAGCCAACAUGCAGGAGAAGGUUUAUCCCGCCUCGUACUACCAGCAGACGGGCGCCGCGGCCGCCGCUAUCUACGGCCGGGCCAGCGGCGGAGCGCCCUGCGACUACAACCCGGUCGGGACUUUCUACAAGGACACUGAGGGCUCCUGCGCUUUCUCCAGCCGGGAGGACCAGCCGCUGUUUGUCACUCAGGACCAUCAGCAGCGCAAGUCGGAGUGCCCGGAGCAGACUGUCAACAUGAGCAGCAGCAUUGACGACAAGUCCUCCUCUCUGAUCUACCCGUGGAUGCAGAGGAUGAACGCCUGCUCCGCCGGUCCAUUUGGUAACAGUGGACGCAGGGGCCGACAAACCUACACCCGCUACCAGACCCUGGAGCUGGAGAAGGAGUUUCACUUUAAUCGGUACCUGACCAGGAGGCGCCGGAUAGAGAUCUCCCACGCCCUGUGCCUCACGGAGAGACAGAUCAAAAUCUGGUUUCAAAACCGCAGGAUGAAAUGGAAAAAGGAGAACAAACUCCUCAAUCCCACAAAAACAACCGAGGAGGAGGAAGAGACGGAGAAAAAGAGCUAA